CAGACUUCCUAUGUCUACAACUAGUCUGUUAGAGAUGUGUAAUCCAUAUGUUUCUCCGGAUACCAAAGUAGCUCACUCAACCAGAAUUUUCUGUUUUUAACAAGCGUAUGUAAUCAUAAAUGAACCAUUCAUCCUUUGUUCCUCUUUGCCGGAUGAACAACUACAUUGACUCAUAUUAAUUUUCUUCCCGAAAUGUAUUGUGUGAAAGAGCUAGUUGAAUCGCGUGGUUGUCUCCAAUCUGUUCCUUCAAAUUAUGUCUUCCCAGAAAACCAUGAUGAUUGCAUAAUCUCAGAAGAGGAGCCAAUCCCUACUAUAGACUAUUCGUUGCUUACUUCCGGUUCUCUAGAACAACGCUCCAAGGUUAUCCAUAAACUUGGCAAUGCCUGCCGCGAAUGGGGAUUCUUUACGGUUAUUAAUCAUGAAGUACCGAAGACACUGAGAGAUGAGAUGAUAAAGGCAACUGAAAAAUUCUUCGAUCUAUCCGAAGAGGACAAGCGAGAGUAUGCCGGAAAGAAAUUGUUUGAUCCCAUUAGGUGGGGAACUAGCUUUAAUGUAAAGGUGGACAAAACAUUUUUCUGGAGGGAUUAUCUCAAGGUCCACGUUCAUCCCCAGUUCAAUGCUCCUAAGAACCCUCCUGGCUUCAGUGAGGUACAAGAAGAAUAUUGCAAAAAAAAUCGAGAAUUAGCAAGUGAAUUGCUAAAAGGGAUAUCAGCAAGCUUGGGAUUGGAAGAAAGCUACCUACAGAAGACGUUGAAUGUUGGAUCAAACUCUCAUCAGCUUCUAGUCAUCAAUCUGUACCCACCUUGUCCACAGCCAGAAGUCGUGAUGGGGCUGCCCCCUCAUUCUGAUCAUGGCCUAUUGACCGUACUCAUGCAGAACGGGCCUGGAGGUCUACAAGUUCAGCAUAACGGGAAAUGGGUUCCUGUAAAUCUCCCGCCGGACUCUUUCGUUGUCAACGUAGGAGACCAGAUGGAGAUAUUUAGUAAUGGUAUGUACAAAAGUGUAGUGCACCGAGCCGUAGUGAACGGCAAAGCAACAAGAAUUUCGAUUGGAACUGGAAACGGACCUCCGCUUGACACUGUAGUGAGCCCUGCGCCGGAGCUAUUGGAUCGAGAAAACCGACACGCUGGAUAUCGUGGGAUAACUUAUAAGCAGUACAUGGAGCUUCAGCAAAGCAAUCGUCUUGAUGGAAAAUCCUGCUUGACUCAUGUCCGCAUUUGAAGAUUCAAGUCUUAUCAUAUUAAAUAAUAAUUUUCUGUUCAUGUGAGUAUCUAGCAACUUAAUCGCAAUGUUACGAAUAAACAAAUAAAGUCCCAAUCGGGACCAGGCCCGCUAAAAAUGUUAUAUGUCUUAAUAUUUGUCCUUAUAAAAAAGUAUGGUAAUUUAAGUAGCCUUUAAAUGUUCAUAUUGCAAACUUACUGCUUAAGGUUAUGAAGAAAAAACCAAAUUGCCACCAGAUUUGAAAAGGAUAGGUGCAAGUUACAAAAUGACUUACUUAUAAGUUCUUAUUUUUGAGGUCAUCUUAUGGAAAACACGACUUAAAUUAAAUAAUUAGUGAAUCAAAUAUUAAGUCCAUAUGUAGCUUGCUGUAAGGAAUCGAGACAGAGACCAUGAGCAGGACAAAGAGAAGCAGUUCAAGACAAUGCGCUGCCAGAGUAUGCCUAAGAAAAGAGAAAGAGAGAAUAAAUUUGUAUAUUCAAUAUAUUGUAAGCCUGUACAAUUGGCCAAUUUAUACAUCUUUGUAAAUGUAAAAAAGGAAAGUACUGAAUAUAAAAGAUCCCUGUAAUUGUUUCAAUCAAUCACUUGAAUUAAAUUGAUUGAUUGAAACUCUAAUUACUGCUUAAUUUUAGCCAGCAGAGAUUUAGGGAAAUCAAUCAAAGGCAUUCCAUAUUUCGUCACUCCCUCUCAAGCUUAUGGUUUGUAGAUGUCAAAAACUCCAAGCUUGUUAAGUAAAUAUGAAUGUUCUCUGCUACAUAAUGGCUUUGUAAAGAUGUCUGCUGGUUGUUCUGAAGUACGAAUGUGUAAAGUUUUGAUUAUACCCCUUCUUGUAUUUUGUU